AGUGGAACCUAGGCUUCCCAGUGUGAGGAGAAGGAAGGAUGGGCAUUAUCUCGGGCCAAGCUGUGAGUUUUCCUGCUCCGCCAAGCAAGGCACAUUUCUGGGCAUGGCCUGGCAGUUUCACCCUGCCUGCAGACACUAUGCCGGUGCCGGAUCCGCGGGGAGAUGCAGGCCGGUGGGGCAACGUCAGCUACCGGGUGCGGCAGCCCAACGCUCCGGAGCCGGCUUCCAGGAGGAAGAAACAAAGCUGGUUUCACAAAUUCUGCCGAUGCUGUUCGGGAAACAGGGAUGACAGCGACUGGGGACCUGCGCCCGGAGAGAUUCCUGGGGCUCGGGCCACAGAUCCCGUCAUCCGGGAUGGCAUGCUGGUCAUCAAAAAAAUCGACCUAAUGUCAGGCCGUUCGGGCAGCAACCGCCGGGCCCAUCACACCGAUGAGUACGAAUACAAUAACCUCAUAAUUCGCCGUGGGCUGCCCUUUGACAUGAAGCUUCAUUUCCAGCAGCCUUACGAUUCUGAAGAACACCGGGUCUGCCUCGAGUUCCUGAUCGGGUCCAACCCACAAGCCUCCAAGGGCACACACAUCCUUAUCCCCUUGGACAGCUCCUUGCCCGGCACGAGCUGGUCAGCAGAAGUGACCAGCACGGAUGCCAACACCGUCUGUGUCCGGGUCUGCCCCUCGCCCAGAGCUGUGAUCGGCAAGUACCAGUUCAGCGCCAAAACCCGAAGCAAGGCGGGCGAGUACGCGCCCCCCUUUGACUCCAACAAUGAGAUUUACAUCCUCUUCAACCCCUGGUGCUCCGAGGAUCCGGUCUAUAUGCAACAGAGCGACUGGCUAGAGGAAUAUGUCCUGAACGAAUCAGGGAGAAUCUAUUAUGGGACAGAAAGCCAGAUUGGAGAACGGACGUGGAACUACGCACAGUUUGACAACGGCAUCCUGGAUGCAUGUUUGUACAUGCUGGAUAAGCGCGGGAUGCCCCACACGAGCCGUGGAGAUCCCAUCAUGGUUUCCCGUGUCGUCUCCGCCAUGGUGAACUCUCUGGAUGACAACGGGGUGCUGGUUGGGAACUGGACCGGGGACUAUUCCCGGGGGACCAACCCUUCAGCGUGGGUUGGCAGCCGAGACAUCCUGCUGAAAUACCUCCGCACGGGCUACCCCGUUCUCUACGGCCAGUGCUGGGUGUUCGCUGGCGUGGUGACCACAGUGCUGCGGUGCCUGGGCAUCGCCACACGGACUGUAACGAAUUACAACUCAGCGCACGACACGGACAUCAGCCUCACCAUGGACAUCUACUUUGAUGAGAACAUGAAGCCGCUGGAGCAUCUCAAUGCUGACUCUGUCUGGAAUUUCCAUGUCUGGAAUGACUGUUGGAUGAAACGGCCAGACCUGCCUUCGGGCUUCGAUGGGUGGCAGGUGGUGGAUGCAACCCCUCAGGAGUCCAGCAGUGGCAUCUUCUGCUGCGGGCCCUGCUCUGUGGAGGCCAUCAAGAACGGUCUGGUCUACAUGAAAUAUGAUGCUUCCUUCUGCUUUGCAGAGGUGAACAGUGACAAAGUGUACUGGCAACGCCAGGCAGAUGGGAGUUUCAAGAUCGUCUACGUAGAGGAAAAAGCCAUCGGCCAUCUCAUCAGCACCAAGGCGGUAGGAUCCCAACAGCGCCAGGAUGUCACAGGCAUUUAUAAGCAUCCUGAAGGCUCGGAAGCUGAGCGCAAAGCUGUGGAGACAGCCGCCAAGCAUGGCACCAAAGCCCACAUCUACACCAACAAGGAGUGGGGAGAAGACAUCUCAGUGUCGGUAGACACUCAAGAGGCCUACACGGGACAGGACAUCUCCCUGCGGGUCAUUCUGAAGAACCGAAGUUCAAUGCCCCGCAAUGUCUCCCUCAACCUCUUUGUGGCGGUCAUGUACUACACCGGAGUCACCGGCAGCCAUUUUAAAAAGGAGCAGCGGCAAGUCCAAGUUCCAGCAGGAGGGACCCAACCGGUUCCCAUGGUGAUCUCCUACCCAGAAUACAAGCCCCAUUUGGUGGACCAGGGGGCUAUGAAGCUGAGCAUCUCUGGGAAGGUAGCUGAGACCGGACAGGUCAUUGCAAAGGAGCACACUUUCCGUCUUCGCACACCAGACCUCACCCUGACGCUGCUCGGCCCAGCCAUCGUAGGACAGGAGACCCAAGUCCAGAUCGUCUUCAAGAAUCCCCUCCCAGUGACGUUGACCAACGCCGUCUUCCACAUGGAAGGAUCCGGGCUCUCCACCCCGAACACGAUGACUGUAGGGAAUAUUGGUCCGCAUCAGACAGUGACGCUCCGGCAGACCUUCACACCGUUGCGCCCCGGCCGUCGCCAGUUGGUUGCCAGCCUGGACAGCCCUCAGCUCUCCCAGGUCCACGGUGUGCUGGCGAUCGACGUGACCCAGGGACCCCCGGCAGGGCCAUCAGCUUCCCCUGCACCUGCCCGGGGUUCUCCUGCCCGGGGUCGAGGGUCCCCGGCCCGCACCCGGGGCUCCCCUGCUGCCACUCGAGCCUCCCCAUCAAGGCAGCCGGCCAACCACAGCAACCCAGCGAGCGCACGGGGCUCCCCCAGCCGCCAGCCCAACCCCCGAGGGUCCCCCAACGCUCACCGGGCAGCUGCCACCCCCAGGGCAGGAGCCACGGGGCGGCCCGUCUGAGCCAGGCCUUAGCCGUGGUGCAGAGCGCGACGUGGCAGCACAGCAGAACCAGGUGGCAGAGAGAGGAGGGGGCCCCCGCCUGAGCCACAGAACCACAGUGGGGUGUGCCGAGCCGACGAGCCUGAUGGGAGAUGUUUCUCCUGGAAGCCCUAAAGGACGCUUCUCCACCUCUCUGUCCACCUUCUUGCCUUUUCGUUCUGCUGCCCCAUUUUUCCUGUCUACAUUUUUUUCCCUGUAUAUAUCCACAGUUCCCACCUGAACGAGUUGUAAUUUCUAUGGCCAAACUCACUCUUCCCAGUCUUGCCAUCUUCCCUAUCCCACGCCGUUCCCCCAAGGUGGAGGGUGCGGACUUCACUGCCCGUCCAGCUCUGUAGCCUUCACGCUGCCUCCCCAUCCCCACCGCCCUCAGGCUUUCUACCAACCCACCCUGCUAGACACCCCCCAAAAAUGUUUAUUACUUGACUCUUUUUUUUCACUGCGACCUUAUUUCCUUUUCAAAUGUGCACCCACAUUCACUUGCCCACAUGUUUUCCACUAAUGGUGAAAAACAUCCCAGGGGGAGAACUUGUAAAUUUGCUUUUCAAAUUAUUAUUGGGGUCCUUCUCACUGGAGCCAAAAAUUCCUCCCAUUUUUUCCCUCUCUCCUUGGAGCCUGUUUGGGCAUCUUGGGGAGGAUGGGGGCGGGGGGUAGAUUUUUUUUUGCUUUU